AUGGACAAUUGUUCAUCUGCUAAGGUCCCCAUGGCAUUUGGAUAUAAAAUCUCUGCUGAUCCCUCUGGAGAAUACGUGGAUCACAAGACCUUUAGAGGCAUCAUAGGUUCCUUGAUGUACCUCACCGUAAGCAGAACAGACAUUGUCUUUGCGACUGGUGUAUGUGCAAGGUACCAGGCUGGCCCAAAGGUCUCUCACCUAACCGCAGCCAAACAGAUUCUUCGGUACUUGAAAGGAAGCAAAUUCCUUGGUCUAUGGUACCCCGCAGGCAAUGACUUCAGCCUGCAAGCUUUCACAGAUGCGGAUCACGCUAGAUGCAAGCUCGAUCGAAUGAGCACUUCAGGUGGAUGUCAAUUUUUGGGUGAACGUCUCGUCAGCUGGUCUUCAAGGAAACAAAGUUGUGUAUCUCUGUCUACUGCAGAAGCUGAGUACGUGGCCACAGCCAGCUGUUGCUCACAAGUCCUAUGGAUGAAAACACAACUAUUAGACUACGGUUAA